AUGGAUUUGAGUGUUACUAGUAACAGGGCUACUCAAGAAAGUCCAGACUCCACCAGCAAGGCCGAUGUCACUGUUCAGGGUGUAGUACAGCCGCAAGAGCGGCUCCCCUCAAGGGAUGAACUUGACCACCUUUUCAGAGCUGAGGAGGACUAUGACCAGCCCACAACGACCAGGAAAGAGUUAUGGUCUUACUACCUAUACUAUAAUGGUGAUAAUGGAGUUGGUCCUGGUUCUUAUUCUCAAGCACUAUUCCAAUGGGCUCUGACUGGUGCGGGCUGGCAGCCAGGGGCGGAGCCACAUGAACCUUGCACAACGUCAUCUGCGUGUGUGGUUCCUUGGGCUGGAGGCACUCGCUCCGUCUCGUCAGUCGUUCUAAUUGCCAAUGGACUUUGUUUUACUUUUAUGACAGUGAUUUUUGUUUGGCUGGGCAGUGCCGCAGAUUAUGGCUCAUUUGGCCGCUGGCUACUCUUAGUCCUCACUGUUGUCUGUUGGGCUUUGCAGUACGGUAUGAUGGCAAUCAAGCAUCCCAAUCAAUGGCCUGCAGCAAUGGGCAUGUACGUGGUCGCAUAUGUUGCUUAUGGUGCGACAUUGGUAUUCUACGCAGCUGCUUUUCCUCGACUUGCGCGUUUUAUGCCCCACGUCCGCAAAGCCCGUGAAGAAGAUUUGCGCGAAGACAAAAUCACUAUGGAGGAGUACGACGCGAUAGAGUCGCUGGAAAAAAACCAUAUUAGCAACGUGUCGACUGCGCACAGUAACAUUGGAUACCUCUUGACACUUGCCCUCAAUUUGAGCGUUUUGCUGCCGCUCCAGGGAAAGGACUAUUCAAAUAAUCUUGCUUUGUGUCUGACAAACUCCUACUGGGUCCUCCUAGGCUUUUGGUGGUUCAUUUUCCAGCAGAAGCGCCCUGGGCCCCCAGUUCCAAAGGGCUCCACUUAUGCAACGAUUGGCUUCAAACAAUUAUGGGUAGCACUCCGAGAAGUUCGGUUACUACCACAAACGUUUCUCUACUUUGUUGCUUACUUUUUGCUGGCUGAUGGACUGAACACGACUGGGACACUCGUCAGCAUAAUCCAGAACAAUGAGGUAUCAUUUUCGUUUCUCCAACUGACAUAUCUUGGAAUCGUUCAAGCUGUAACCUCGACCAUGUCGACCUUCGGGUUCUGGUAUAUUCAGAAAUAUUUCAAAAUAAGCACUAAGCGAAUGUUUCUCGUCACCAAUUUCUUCAGUGUCUUCAUCCCUUUCUGGGGGAUGUUAGGUUUGUGGACAACACGAAUCGGAUAUCACCAUCGGUGGGAGUUCUACUUCUAUAACGUUGUUUUUGGUCUCUUUCAAGCUCCAUACUACGCCUACGCCCAAACAAUGAUCAGCGAGCUCAUGCCCCAAGGAUAUGAUAACAUGUUUUUCGCUCUAUUCGGCAUCACCAACCGUGCCUCCUCGAUCAUCGGCCCGAAUGUCAUCCAAGCCAUCAUCAACAAUACACAAAACAAUUGGAUGGGGUUUCCAUUUCUCUUUGCUAUUUGUACUGUUGCUAUGAUCAUGAUUAGUUUUGUGGAUGUGGAGAAAGGUCGUCAGGACGGGCGAAAAUUCGUGCAGAAGAAAAAAAUGCUUCCGGGGGUUGGGGUGAACUAA